GUUGAGAUAGUUGAGGCAAACGAAGACGUUGAUAUGCUAUGCAAUAAGGGAUUCUGGACGAUCCUGGUCCUGGUCUGGGCCAUCGCCCUUUCCAGCGACCUCUCGCUGGUGAGCGGCCAAACGGUGGCGCCCCGAACGAGCUCCACGGUGAAGCCCACCAGUGCCCCCAAGCUGGAUGUGAGGCCCACCAAGCCCAUGAUGAUUGUGAAUGCCCCGCCCAACAAGCAGAAGCAUCUCGUUCCCGUUCCGGUUCCGGUUCCGGUCCCGGUCCAGGUGGAGAUGCCGGCCGAGCCGAUGCAGCUGAAGUCGGGAAUGCAGGUGAAGGACACCAAGCCGCUGCAGGUGACUGGAUUCAUCACGAAGUCUGGGAACAUCUACGAGAUCGAGGACAAGCGCGGCAUGGGGUCCAUCGAGGGGCGACAGGCGGAUGAUGGCCAGGACCAGAUCGUGUGUAACUACGGCAAUGUGGUCAUCUACAGUGAUGUGCCCUGUGACCAGGUGACCAAUGUCCGGGUUGGCGAGAUCAAGCCCAUCAAGGCAGGCGGCAGCGGAGGCGGUGGCGAGCAGCCCGCGGAGGUCAGCACCGAGAAGCCUCAGUCGCAGUCGCAAGAGGAGGAGCAGGCCCCCGAGAAGCAGGAGCAGGAGCAAGAGGAUGGGGAGAAGGAGCAGGAACAGGAGAGCAACCAUCCGCGCGGUCAGCAGAAUCAGGGGGCGAAUCGUCGCCGUCGCCGUCGUCCCCAGCAGCAGCAGAAGCGCCGCCGCGGCCAAGGCGGCAAUGUGGUGCGCCGCCGCCGCAUACGCAACGGCAAUGGCAAUCAGAACACGCGUCGUGGCGUUCAGCAACAGCGACGUCGCCCCAACCAGCGCCGUGGCAGCGGCAACAGCAACGGCAACAGACAGAAGCAGCAGCAGCAGAAGCGCCGCCGACAGCAGCAGCGUCGUCGUCAGCAGCAGCAGAGGCAGAAGCAGCAGCGUCGACGUCGCCAGCAGCCCAAAAGGCAGCGUCAGCAGCAGCAGCGUCUUCGCGUUCGCGAGGACAACAACGAGGUCUAGGGGGGCAAGGGGAAGUGGUAUUCCCCACUAAACGCACUCCAUCCAGGCCCAGAUCUUACCAGUGACACAGUAGUCGAAUAAAGAGCAAGCGAGCAAAU